UCUGGGACUCAAGUGCCGGGGCAUGAUAGAUGGAUAUCCACAAUCUCAAAACCUGGUGAUCCCAAGUCUGAAACCUCCGAAUAUCCCAAGGGCAACAGACGGCCCAAACCAUGGUAAAUGCACGCUGCUGCACUGUUAUGUAUGCAUGGUUAGUUAACGUUAUGUCAACGCCAGCCACGAGUAACCGAGGCGCUCUCGCUACCGAGACAUUCCAGCACCUACCCGACACAGCGACGGAGAUGUGUCGAUCAACGAGCCCAUGGGUUCGUCCGUCGUCGAUCACCUCGAUCUGCUUUCCCGGCAAUCAGUUCACCAUGUUUUGCCCUGGUACACGUGUACUCUAUUUACACUUUACUGUGUAGGUUAUUUACACAGUAGACGGAGUGACGAGGUUGCCGGUCGGCAGGCUGGCGCAGUUUCUCGAACAGUCUACUGUGAGCCGGAGUUGCUUCCAACAUAACAUCAU